ACCUUGAUUUGUAUUCCAUGCGGAAUAUUUCGUGCAUGGACUACAUUGAUCUUUUGGGCCUUAAGGGCCAGGGACACGCGAUCCCAAGAAGACUUUUCCCGCAGGAUGACCGGCGGCGGCGCGGGAACUUUUCGGACGGGCGCGGGCCCGGGGCGCGGCGACGGGGUUGCGCGGCGAGGGGAGUCGGGUGAGACCACGACUUUAGGCCGCGACGCGUUCGCGGCCUUGGGUUGUUUCGGCGCCGCGGACGGUUCCACGGCGCGGGCGCGUUUUUUCCCGCGCGUGACGGUUUUGAACCCAUCGGAGGUUCCGGGUUCGGGGCUGGCGGCCGACUCGAACUCCAUCUCCGACUCGGAGUCGGAGCCGGAGCUCGAUGCCGCGCAAGACGCGAUCGACGCAGGCGCGGGGGUGGGGGGCGACAUCGGCGAGUCGCGAGGUACCGGCGCGGGGGGCGACAACGGAGAGUCGCGGAGUGCCGGCGCGUCAAGGCCGGCCUUGUAAACUUCGAACCUUGCGACUAUGUCCGGACAGAAGUCGCGGACGAACUUGAUGAAUAGCGCAGCGUUGGUGUCACUCAUGGUGACGUGUGCCCGGGGGGGGCGUCCCCGGGACUUAAAGCAAACUCGCCGAAAGGCGAGUCCCCUGAGUGGGAGUUAUACCCCCUGCGCUGUGCCAGCAACAAGGGGGGGAGUGCCUUUGCCGUGAAAACGGCAGUCGGCUGGGAAUUGGGGUGGAAAGUUGGGAAGGUGGGGCUCCACUGGGUUGUGAGAAUGCCACAACAAGCGGUGAUCUCAGUGGAGUUUUAGUCUCGAAAGAGACUGUUUUGCUCGCCGAAUAUAUAAAUGAAUUUAAUAUAUGAAAUGGAUGAGUGAUAAUGAGUUGGCGUUACGAGUGCACAACAACAAGCUCGAACUGUUUUUGGGAUUCAAGGUCGCGACGCCAGCGACAGCGCGUCGAGAAUGCACAACAAUGUCGCGAUCUAUGCGACAACGACAAUGUCGGGCAACUCACAACUCACGUUCGCGACGGCAGCGACAAUUUUUCUCAAAAACGCGUCCGGACCAAAUGGUGUUGCAAUCGGAA